AUGCCUUCUUUAUUCUCCAAGUUCCGUCAUCGUAAAUCAGCUUCUCAAUCAUCCGCUUCAUCAAUCGGUGAUCAACCUUCUUCACCUAGACAAUCGUUGACUACCUCAAGUGAUACACCUCCAAGAAUUCGAAAUUCCUUAGACCAAUCACAAUCACGUCAUCAAACGCCUACUGAAUCUCAUUCCCACUCUCAAUCACAAUCACAGUAUACAGAUAGACGAGCUUCUCAUCCUAACCCAGCAUCAUCCAACGUACCUACCACUAGAACAGAAGAUGAUGUCGUUGUUAUAGAAGGUAACAACAACAAUGGUGGUAGUGGAAGAGAUUCAAAAGGUCAUUCGAAACCAUUCAAUGAUGAAUCUGAUAGACCUGAAUUACCUACUACCUCGUCAAAUGUCAAUAAUCCAAUUCCAGUUUCACCUCCUUCCCACGAUUUAGCGGGAUUGCGAUCGGGUACAGGUUCAGGCUCAGGCUCAGGCUCAGCAUCAGGUUAUUCAACAACAACUUCUUAUAUACCAAAAGAAGAUUUAGAAGAUAAUAUACAUAAACCAUUACCUUCUGUACCAGAAGUUCAAUCACCUCCAGUUCAAUCAAAUGAUUUAAGAGCUUUCCCUUUACCACCUAACUCAGCUUCUUCUCUUCAACCUCAUGCUCAUGGACAGGGACAUGGACAGGGACAUGGAGGUCAACAAUACGGAUACGAUAAUGAUUCUGAGCCUUAUAUCCCACCAAAGAGUCCUCAAAGGAACUCCAUCUCAGAACAUCCCCACGGUCACGGCCAAGAUAGAGUGAGAUCACCCCCAUUGCCACAUGUAUCUUCGGUUGAUCGAUCAAACAUACUUCGUGAUGAAGAAGAAAGGCCGGGAUUAGUGGGUUCAUCUUCCAGACCACCAAGAAUCGGUGAAGAUGUAAUUGGAAAUUAUCCUCAUAUAUCAAAUAUCCCUUAUUUGAACGAUAACAACGAAACUCAACAAGAAAGUCAAUCUAAUCGAGAAUAUGGAAGUAACACAGGUGGAUACAAUGCAAAUCAGUUGGACGUAAGACAAUCUGGUUCAGGUAUAUCAUCUGGAACCAACCAAACUCAAAGUCAAGGACAAGGACAAAGUCAAGUAGGAUAUCAGAAUAGAAAAUACGAUCUAAAUACACUCAAACAAACUGUGUUAGGAUCUGGUGUGGGUGGAUUAGACUGGAAUAAACCUUCGUCCACUUUAGACCCAAACUCAUCAACUACUUCUGAUAGUGGAUUACAACGACGUUUCAAUGAUCUAUCAUUAGGUCAAUCUGAACAUUUAGGUGACAUACAUGAACAAAGAAAUGAAAUGGUUUCUAGAUUAACUGAAGAAACUCAAUUGAAAGCUUCUAAAAGAUCAGAACUCACUCAACAAGGUAAAGACGUUUUCCAUAAAGCUGGAAUGGGAAAAUUACUUGGUACUGAAGAUUCUAUUGAUAUCGCCUCAAAAACAUUGGAACCCGUCGUACAAGAAAUUAUAUACCCUGUUGAACAUACAGAAUAUACCACUAUCAUCACUCGAUGUGUACACAAAACACACUACAUCCCGCUCAUUCAACCCAUUCAUGACCCCAACCCCAUCAUCUUGCAAACCCGUCAUAGGAUAUUCGACAGUACCACCGGCAAAUGGCAUGAAGUCAUUGGAGACGCAGCGGCCGUAUCAAUUCUUGGUGAAGACGUGUUCCGAAACGGGCACAAAGAAGUGAGAGAAUUGCGUAAACCUGCAUUACCUGGAUUGGAAGUGAUGGACGAAGAUGCCAUUCGAAUGGCUAGAGAAGCAGGCGUUGGUCGAGCAGAUCUAACCAAAGGAUACAAAUACGAAGGUAGUCAACAGGAUGAUAUACCCAUCAGAGGAAAAGAUGUAUCUCAGGAUGGAAUCGGUUUAGGCGGUGGUCAAGGUAGGGUAUUGGAAAGGGAAUAUCAACUUGGUUCGGAAAAGAAAUCAGAUUGGAAAGAGAUCGCUACAUAUGUCGGAAUUGGUACCAAGAAUAAACAAGAUGACCAAGUUGGAUUAGCCAUGUGA